GGAAGGGGCCGGGCUGGCAGGGAGGACUUCCUGCGGCUAAGGGCGGCCGCGUUCCCCGAAGAGACCAGAGCUCCGACCCAGACCGGACCCAACGUUGGUCGUCUGGCCGGCCGCCCUCCCGGCGCGGAUCGCCAGGCACUCUCCCGGCUGCGACCGCGGCCCGGACCCGGCGAAACACUGCGGAGGCCCGGCCCGCGGGCGGGCUGGUCACGUGCGGCCGGGAGGGGCGUCGGAGGCCGGGAGGGGCGUCGGAGGCCGGGAGUCUGCAGGAAUGUAGUUAACUUGCAGGGGAAAGUUUCCCUCCGCGGCCGGCCGCGGAUCCGGUGCGGGCGGGCGCGCAGAGGAAGGAAGAGCCGGGAGGAGGCGGAGCCGCCAGCGGCUCGGGCGGGCGGUUCUCUCAACUUUAGUUUUGGCGUCUGAGGCGAGUUUCUGUCUCAGUCGGGCGCAGCCGCCGCCGGGGAAAAGAAAGGGAGGAAGGAAGGAACAAGAAAAGGAAAUAAGAGAGAAAGGGGGAGGGGAAAGGCAACUAGUUGUCCGGCAUCCGUCAAGGGGGUGAAGGAAAAAAGUUCUCGGGCGCCGCAGGUCCGGGUCUCUCAGCGCCCCUCCCGAGGCGCAGCCGCCAGACCAGUGGAGCCGGGGCGCAGGGCGGGGGCGGAGGCGCCGGGGCGGGGGAUGCGGGGCCGUGGCGCAGCCCCCCGGCCCUGAGAGCGAGGCGAGCGCCGCUCCCGCCGCCCAGCGCCGCCGGCCCGCCGCCCUCGCUGGUUCUCCCGUCUCGGCCCGUCGAGCCGGGGCGUCCGGGCGGAGCCCUCGCCCGCCUGCUCGGGGUGCGCGUCGGGGGAGGCAGAAACCAUGGAUCCCGGGCAGCAGCAGCCGCCGCCUCAGCCAGCCCCCCAGGGCCAAGGGCAGGCGCCCGCGCAGCCCCCCCAGGGGCAGGGCCCGCCGUCUGGGCCCGGGCAGCCGGCACCCCCGGGGUCGCAGGCGGCACCGCAGGCCCCCCCCGCUGGGCACCAGAUCGUGCACGUCCGGGGGGACUCGGAGACCGACCUGGAGGCGCUUUUCAACGCCGUCAUGAACCCCAAGACAGCCAACGUGCCCCAAACUGUGCCCAUGAGGCUCCGGAAGUUGCCUGACUCCUUCUUCAAGCCGCCGGAGCCCAAAUCCCACUCCCGACAGGCCAGUACUGAUGCAGGCACUGCAGGGGCCCUGACUCCACAGCAUGUUCGAGCGCAUUCCUCUCCAGCUUCCCUGCAGCUGGGAGCCGUAUCCCCCGGGACACUGACCCCCACAGGAGUUGUCUCUGGCCCAGCAGCUACACCCACUGCUCAACACCUUCGACAGUCUUCUUUUGAGAUACCUGAUGACGUACCUCUGCCAGCGGGCUGGGAGAUGGCAAAGACUUCUUCUGGUCAGAGAUACUUCUUAAAUCACAUAGAUCAGACAACAACAUGGCAGGACCCCAGGAAGGCCAUACUGUCUCAGAUGAACGUUACGGCCCCUACCAGUCCACCAGUGCAGCAAAAUAUGAUGAAUUCAGCCUCAGGUCCUCUUCCUGAUGGAUGGGAACAAGCUAUGACUCAGGAUGGAGAAAUAUACUAUAUAAACCAUAAGAACAAGACCACCUCUUGGCUAGACCCCAGGCUUGACCCUCGUUUUGGUAAAGCCAUGAACCAGAGAAUCAGUCAAAGUGCUCCAGUGAAACAGCCACCACCCCUGGCCCCCCAGAGCCCUCAGGGAGGAGUCAUGGGUGGUGGCAAUUCCAACCAGCAGCAACAGAUGCGGCUGCAGCAAUUGCAGAUGGAGAAAGAGAGACUGCGACUGAAGCAGCAAGAACUGCUUCGGCAGGUGAGGCCACAGGCAAUGCGGAAUAUCAAUCCCAGCACAGCAAAUUCUCCAAAAUGUCAGGAAUUAGCUCUGCGUAGCCAGUUACCAACACUGGAGCAGGAUGGUGGGACUCAAAAUCCAGUAUCUUCUCCUGGGAUGUCUCAGGAAUUGAGAACAAUGACGACCAAUAGCUCAGAUCCCUUUCUUAACAGUGGCACCUAUCACUCUCGAGAUGAGAGCACAGACAGCGGACUAAGCAUGAGCAGCUACAGUGUCCCUCGGACCCCAGACGACUUCUUGAACAGUGUUGAUGAAAUGGAUACAGGUGACACUAUCAACCAAAGCACCUUACCCUCACAGCAGAACCGUUUCCCAGACUAUCUUGAAGCCAUUCCUGGGACAAAUGUGGACCUUGGAACACUGGAGGGAGAUGGAAUGAACAUAGAAGGAGAGGAGUUGAUGCCGAGUCUUCAAGAAGCUUUGAGUUCUGACAUCCUUAAUGACAUGGAGUCUGUUUUGGCCGCCACCAAGCUAGAUAAAGAAAGCUUUCUUACAUGGUUAUAGAGCCCUCAGGUAGACUGAAUUCUAAAUCUGUGAAGGAUCUAAGGAAAUAAGACAUAUACCUGAAAUUUCCAAAUAAGCCAGUUGCAAUCUUCUGGCUAAUACAGAAAAAGAUGAACAAACGUCCAGCAAGAUUCUUUCAUCCACUCUUUUGCUCUUCCUUGUCCGUUGCUGCUGUUAAUAUAUUGCUGACCUCUUCCAUAGUUGGCUCUAAAGAAUCAAAAAAGAAAACUUUUUUUGUUUCUUUUGCUAUUAUAACUACUGUUUGUUUUGGGGGCUGGGGGAAGUGAGCCUGUUUGGAUGAUGGAUGCCAUUCCUUUUGCCCGGUUAGACAUUCACCAGUAAUUUUAACUAAAUACUCAGACUUGGAAGUCAAAUGCUUCAUGUCACAGCAUUUAGUUUGUUCAAGCAAUUGUUUCUUCAGCUGCCUUUGGCCAGUGGAAAAACAUGACUUACUGGUCUAACAAGCCAAAAAUGUUGUAUUUGAUAUUAAGUACUUACGCUGAUUUGAAGCGAUAGCUGAAACCAAGGCUGAAGACUGUUUUACUUUCAGUGUUUUUUUCCCUCCUAGUGCUAUCAUUAGUCACAUAGUGACCUUGAUUUUAUUUUAGGAGCUUAUAUGGCUUGAGAUAAUUUCCAUAGAAAUAUAUUAAUUAUUGCCACAUACUCUAGUAUAGGUUUUGAUGGGUUUUAUUGUGGGGGGUUUUUGUUUUGUUUUUUGUUUGUUUUUGUUUUGUUUGUUUCUUGGUUGGGGUUUUUAUUGUUGUUUUGGGGUUUUUUCCUUUUUUGUUUUUUUGGGUUUUUUUCCUUUUUUGUUUUUUUUCCCCUCAGAACCUAGGCAAAUUACCAUGUAGUGAAUCUGUUUAUACUUGUAGCUUGGGACAGUUAUUGUAGUUCCUUUGGUAAAUCUACAUGUCCUGGUUUUUUUUUUUACCAUCUUGUUUAAAUCUUGGUAAUCUGCUCUCUCUGUAUAUAUACCCACACACACACUUAUAAUGUUUAUGAUAGUGUGAUAGCAGAAUGUAUCUUUUUUUUUUUUUUUUAAGUUUUCCCUACUUUCCAAUUUAUUUUAAACAGUAGCUUUGAAUGUAUGCAUUUAGAAUACAUGACUAGUAGUUUAUAUUUCACAGAUAGUUUAAAUCUGGUUGGGGCAGUCUGCAAAUGUUGGUGGUAAUUUAGUGUUCUAGAAAGGGCUGUUAUUAUGGGUAGUGCCUAGAGGAGUCCUGUAUGCCCUCUGGGCACACAAUGGAUAUUAUGUGAUGAAUUUAAAAGAAGCAAACAAGAAAUGGCUUUACUAUCCCCUGGUUAGUCCCUCAGACUAAUUUUAAGUCUUGAUGGGAAAUCACUGAGUUAGAUUCCUAAUGAACGUGACAGAACUAAGCUUUAUAUAGUGGUUUACCUUCCUUUCACUUUGAAAGUUUACCUUUACCUUAGUUUUGGAAGUAAAUUCUAGUACUUUAGGUCUCUUUUGUAAUGAACACAUUAAAGACUACAUUGAAAUAUU